AAGGAGAGAGCGCACAAGACGCAAAACGUUAUCUGAUGAAAGAAAUCAUUGUUAAUUAUUGUCAAAAGGUUAGUAGUUUAAAUUACGAUUCAUUUUCCCCAGAAAUGGGUGUAGUAGGUGGUUUUUUGGCAAACGAAAAUGACAAAAAAAUUGCUGUUAUUAAGACACUAUUAGAUAAUCAUCAAAAAUUAAAAGAGUUUGGUUCGGCUCCCAAAAAAGAAAGCGACAGUGAUUUAGUUGAGGUAGUAAGGGAAGUUUACCAAGAAAAAUCAACAAUAAUUGAUAAUUCUAUCCAACAAUUAGAGGACGAACUCAUAAUAUUGAAUAUAUCAAACCAGGGUUCCCGUGAGAGAAUAAUGAGAUUAGUUAAACAGUCGAGAGAAAACAAGAUCGAUUCCUCCACCGACGUCGAUGCUAAGGAAAUCGAACAAAAUAGGCUAGAAAUGUUGGAAGGAGAAAAUUCACAAUUACAAGAAUUAUUGAGAAAAGCGGAAGUAGAAAAAGAAAGGGAUGCUAAAUGGCAGGAAAAACAAAUUUCUAAACUAGAAAAAGACCAUGAAAAAGAUCUUAAGGAAGCAAACCAGAGAGCCACCGAAGCCUUAGCGCAAUUAGAGGAAAAUAAAGAAAAUCUAACUAAUUUACGAAAAGAAGCAGCGGCGAAAGAAAGAGAAAUUGCCAAUCUACAAGAUGACCGAGAAAGAUUGGAGAAAGAAAUAAUCGAAAAAAACGAGAAAAUUGAAA